UUCAUUUCAUGGUCCUUUCAUCCACCAAGACCGACAACCGCAACGACGACGACAACGGUGGAUCCAUGCCCGGAUGAACUCCCACCAGAAACCUUUACCCUCGCUGCCAUCGACGACCCCAACACCCUCUUCAGUGACUAUCGACAAGGACUCCAGUUGCAAUGACGGCAAUCCUGACACCAACGACGAAAUAGGAGAGCUAUGGAUAGAAGGGAGGACGCAUCGCAGACAGGUGCUAGAAUACCUUGGAGUAGGGCCCGGAGUUAUUGACGCGGUGCUGGAUGAUAUGGGACGAGUGGUGUUGCUGGCGUUGACGACGAUGGAGAACUCGUUGCUCUUGCCUUCCAAUCCGGGAGUUACUGAGGAUGCCGCCUUGGACAGGUCUAUCGAAGAGAACCGGGGUGGAUGUCUUGCGUCAAAUUCCACGACGCCGACGUUCCUGUUUCACUUUCGCAUCGAGCGCCGACAACCAGAGUCAGCUGAAGAUUAUGGAUUUUAUAUUGUUCGCGCCGCUACCAGGACUCGUUUGCAGAACAAAGUGACGGUGAAAUUUCAAGUAGGUAUCUGGGAUGGGCAGAUAUUAUUUGGAAAAGAAGAUUCUGCCAAUCGUGCUCGAACAAGUAAUUCUUCAGCAGCUGCGGGAACAGACCAAGUUAGAGAUAAUGCGGAAACCGAAGGACCCUGUGUCGGCGGUACUUUCAUAGUCAUGACUUCGAAUCCAGAGUCAGACAAAGAUAUAUGGCGGAAUCGAAUCAGCUGUGCGAUUUAUCUUCAUCUUUCGCUUCUUCUGGAGCAAGCUUUCUUGCGGGGGUGUGGGGUGCAGCUCAGUUUCCCGUCAUCAACACCGAUCCCUUCGCUUAUUACCCCUCCACGUAUGACCUCCUCACCCGUGGAAAUGGACUCGGGUUCAUCAAGGCGCAAUUCAUUUAUUCCCAAUACUAUACGCUCAUGGUUUGGAAGUAUUAGCUCUGGUAAAAGCCUUGGACCACUGGGUACCAAGAAACUAUGGGGCGGAUCCUUGGACUUAACGCCCACGAAGAGCUUGCAGGAUGCACCACUGCCAAGGCUGAAGCGGCUGCUCUCUCACCGACACUCGCAUUCGCUUUCUGUUACCGAAGAACAGCCCAACGAGCAUAUCCGGCACCGCGACCGCAAACCAUCAACGCGACAAUCCACUAUGAAUCAGCGUUCACUUCUAUCAACCAGUCCGGGUCUUACGUUCCCUCCUUCUUCGCGACCGGCAGGCAUCGACGAAUGGGUCCAGAUGCAGGGACUGACAUACCUUGAGGACGACAAAGAAGAGCACGCUCGGUUUUAUGGACAGAGAGAUCGCAGAGUGGUGGAGGUCGUCAGGGAUUUAUUGCGUGGGAAAGAAGGAAGUAUCCCACACCCGGUUACAAGAAAGUGGAUACAUGCGGGCAUCUGUGUCUUUGCAAAGGUUGAAGUAGAGACCGUUUAUCCUUCUUCAGAAGAUCGGUUGGUUGUCGACGAAGAGAAAGAGGAUAGGAGUCAGGAUAGCGAAGAUGUGGAGCCCUCCCUGCGCCUGAGCUGUGCCACAUGCGGCAUGAAGGCUGAGAAGAAAAGUCUUGGGACUGCUGGGCUACUAUCAUUCUCAAAGUUCCUCGAACUACUCAUAUAUCGCCCGCCUUUACCGACGAUAUGCUCCUGUCCGGCCCUGGCCAAGAUACGAUACACCUUUGAAUGCCAAGGGAAGGAGGUAUGCUUCUGGACGCAAGAACUGGGUGGGAUCUAUACAGUCCGGGUACCGCGCGUUCAGGUUCUCGCAAGUGAUGCUUCCAAUGGCGGAUCUUCAUUUUCCUCGAAAGAGAAGGGUGAAGACGAUGAUAACCUGGAGAAGAUUGAGCUACGACGAGAGAUUCGUGCUUGGUGGGAGAGCAUAGGAACGAGAUUAGAUUUAUUGGAAGCGAUUGAAGCUGAGCAUUCGGAUGACGAGUACGAGUGGACCCGGUCGAAGGCUCUUCCCAGAGUGCCGUCCGAGUGGGUUCACCACGACGAUACUGAAUUCGAGGAGCUCGUAUCGGUUGAUGGGCUACCUUCGGGGAUGCAGGAUCAAGACGUCAAGACGUCUGGGCACUUUUCCGCAACUCCUUCUAUUGCCGACGAUACAGAGACAAAGAAAUUGAUACCGGACCUUCGGGAGUCAUUUCAUCGUACAGAACAGGCUUUAUACGCGGAGUUAGUGCGUACGCCCGUGGGGAGGCUCAAUGAUGUUCGACGAGGAUUCCUGAAGGGGGCGAGACAUGCGCUUGAAGAGACUGAAUGGCGGGAGAAAAGGGAUAAGAACUUGUUCAAGACGCUUUCGAAGGGAUCAUCGAGGACUGCAGACGAUGGGGGCGCCAAUAAGCCGGGAACUGGAAAGAUAACAUUGGAUCCUUCUUGGUGGGAGCAGAGGAGCCAUGUCUUGGCGGGGAGCAAUGUCAUUGUUAAAGAGGAUGAUUGGGGGAGUGUUAUUGCAUGGUGCUUGAGUUCUCCGAAAUAUCAGCGCGAGCUUGAAACGAUGUCCAGCCCCGGACAACCUACUCGACCACCUUUACGACCACUUCCAAGUUCAUCUUACCAACCGCCAUCCUCGUUUACUUCUAAACCAUCCGCCGUUUCUCCUGCCAUAUCUGUGUCCACGUCGUCGUCGACCGCAUCAUUCUUCUCUGCCGUCUUUCGUGGUUCUUCGCUCGCACCAGAGUGGCAUUUGGAAGAUCAUGAACUGCACGUGUGUAGGAAGGGAGUCGGUGUAGGCCUUGGGCUGGUGAUGGGUGUAGGAGGAAUGAGCGGUCGAUUUGGAAGCUUGGCGGGAUUGGGGAAGGGAAAGAUAGGUGACGAGAAGAACGGAGCCGGGAAAUGCAGCAGGCCUGCAAGUCAGAUCAGUGUCGGUAGUUCCAGUGUCGUGGUUUCGAAACAGGAAGGAGUUGUUGGCCCUGUUCUACCGCCAAAGGACAUGCUUGAAGUGCCGACAUUGGGUAACAGGGAAAGAGAAGGCUCAUUCUUUAUGAAUGCAUUGAAGAGUGUUCGCCUCUUAGGCGACGCUGCGGGCAUCGACGAACGUCCGCAUGUGAGAUGCGAUCUGUCGGUGAAAGGGACGAGUGGGGUGGUGAAGAAGUGGAGUGUGACCGUGUACUAUGCUCGAGAAUUCGAGGAGCUAAGAAGGCGGUGUGGAGUGAUGGGCGAGUACAUCAAGAGCUUGUGCCGGACGGAGGGCUGGGAAGCACAAGGAGGCAAGAGUCAUGUCGGGUUUUGGCGCACAGCUGACGGGCGGUAUAUAAUGAAAGAGCUGGUCAGUAAGUGGGGGGUGGCCGAUCUACCAGUUCUUCUCUCCUUGGCGCCCGAGUACGUUGCCUAUAUCAACAAUACCUCGGGAAGAGAGAGUACAAUGGUGAAGAUGCUCGGCGUGUAUUCCGUCGAGGGGCCAGGCGGAGACCGAGCGGAUUUGGUUGUCAUGGAGAACCUUUUCUAUGGCUAUGCUAGUGGGCUCAAGAUGUUUGAUCUGAAGGGAAUGAAGGGUCGGAGGUCGAAGCCGGUCACGACAUCGGAGGAGGACGUUGAACGUAAAGGGAAGGAGAAUAAAGGCAAGACACUUUUUGACGGGGAGUGGAUCGACAUGCAGCGUGAAAAGACGAUAUUGGUUGAUCCACACUCGAAGAAGAUGCUGAGAGAGGCGAUACAGAGGGAUACAGAUUUUUUGACGAGGGGUAAUAUCAUGGACUAUUCUCUGCUGUUGGGAGUUGGAGAAGGGCCUGAGCGACUGCUGGUGGUCGGCUUGGUUGAUACCAUAGGCAGUUAUACAUUUGCAAAGACUAUCGAGAGCAAGGCAAAGCAGAACCUGAAUCUUCCUGGGCGGGAGAAGGGAGAGGUUACGGUGAUUCCUCCCAAGGAGUAUGAGGAGAGGUUCAUCAAAGCAGUGGAUAGGUAUUUUGUUAGAUGUCCAGAUAGGUCAAUGACUCCGGAUGGAAAGGUGCUGGGCGCUGUGCUGUGAGAUGCUAUUCGGAAUGUGUAGAGAUAUUCUAUGAUCAUGAUUAGUAUGGACUUGGACUUUUGUAGCUGUAACUGUGGACAUAGAUAUUGUACUGUUUUUCGACCGCACGAAAUUAUUGCUUUCAGAGGUGUAUACGUAUGACGCAGCGAGAUAUUCAUAUU